AUGGAAACAUUGGAUCCAAACGAAAUCCUCACGUGCAGCAGCGGCCACCCCAAACCAGCCAAUGCCAUCGAACAACUCACCCAAGAACUCCUAGAACCAUCCACCACCCUAACCUGGGACCUCUUGGACCUAGUGCAAAGCGUCCCCACUAUAGACAAGAACAGUCUCUACGAAGAUCUCUUUGUAGCACCGACUGCAUUGUGUAGAACGUCAUUUCGGCUCAAAAGAGAGGGCAUCGAGGGAACAGUUGUAGGCUUCAAAGAGGAGGUUCGCCUUGCCGAUCUCGACAAUGCCAAUGCGACAAACUCGCUCUCGAUCAACAGAAAGGUCGGCGCGAAGCAGAACGCGGUGCUGGGCAAGUCGAGCUACUUGCCGUUCCAGCCAGGCGGACUAUUCAACCAGACAUCUACCAAUCAGAAGUUAAACCAGGUUCAGCAGGCAGAUACUCUGUAUAUCCACAGAAACGAAGCUGGUCUCUUUGAUAUUGCGCCGGGAAUGCUGCGCGGUUUGAAUUUGGAGGCGUACAAUGCCGGCGCCGAUGGCAUCACCUCUUUGGGCCUUGUAGAAGACGCCGGCGCCAACGUAGACGAGACCGUGGGUCAAAUGGAUAUAGAUAGCAACAGUAAGAAUGCGCUGAAGGCGCUGCAGAAUUUGGGCUUGGACUCGGAGUUGGGGAUCCCUGAGCUUGACGACUAUGUGCCUAGCGACUUCAAGGCAAUGAAGGACGAAAUGGAUGCCCAGGCGCGGGUUAAGAAAGACUGGGCGCAUGUCGUCGAUUUGAACCACAAGAUUGAAAAUUUCGAGGAGGUGGUUCCCAGCAUGGCCCGUGUGUGGCCCUUCGAGCUAGAUACCUUCCAGAAGGAAGCCGUGUACCACCUCGAACAGGGUGACUCUGUUUUUGUGGCUGCACACACCUCCGCCGGUAAGACGGUGGUUGCAGAAUACGCCAUCGCCAUGGCUGCCAGAAACAUGACCAAGACCAUCUAUACCUCGCCUAUUAAAGCCUUGUCCAACCAGAAGUUCAGAGAUUUCAAGGAGGCCUUCAAAGACAUGGAUAUCGGCUUGAUCACGGGUGACGUCCAAAUUAACCCAGAGGCAAAUUGUCUCAUUAUGACCACGGAGAUCUUGCGUUCGAUGCUUUACCGUGGUGCGGAUCUCAUCAGAGACGUCGAGUUUGUGAUCUUCGACGAGGUCCACUAUGUCAACGAUAUCGAGCGUGGUGUCGUCUGGGAAGAGGUCAUCAUCAUGCUUCCGGAUCACGUAAAGUAUAUUCUCUUAUCCGCGACGGUUCCUAACACAUUUGAAUUCGCCAAUUGGGUGGGUAGAACAAAGCGGAAAGACAUCUAUGUCAUUUCUACAUCCAAGAGACCUGUGCCGUUGGAAAUCAACAUUUGGGCUAAGAACAAUCUCUACACAAUUAUAAACGCCCAGGGGAAGUUCAGUGAAAUCGAAAUGAAGAAGCAUAAAGAAGUCCUCGCUGGUGACACCAAGACAGGCCCUCCUAGCACAACAAUGGGCUCUGGUUCUAGAGGAGGACCGGGCGGUACUGCCCGUGGAGGUAACCGAGGCGGCGGUAGAGGUGGAGGCGGAGGUUCCAGAGGCAACAAUGCCCGUGGCGGCGGAAAUCGUGGUGGAGCCAGAGGAGGCGCUAUGCAAAAGAGCAAUAAUUUCGUCAGAGAUGGCCCUAACAAAAGUACAUGGUCUGGAUUGGUCCAAUAUCUUAGUCAAAAGAAGCUUCUCCCGGUCGUGAUCUUUGUUUUUUCCAAGAAACGAUGCGAGGAUUACGUUGACACCUUAUCAGGCGUUAGUUUCUGUAAUGCGAGAGAAAAGAGUGAAAUCCACAUGUUCAUUGAUAGAGCAGUCUCUCGAUUGAAGAAAGAAGACCGCGAAUUACCUCAAAUCCUAAAGAUUAGAGACUUGCUCAGCAGGGGUAUUGCUGUCCACCAUGGUGGCCUUCUUCCCAUUGUCAAGGAGUGCAUUGAAAUAUUGUUUGCAAAGUCUCUUAUCAAAGUUUUGUUUGCAACCGAGACUUUUGCGAUGGGGUUGAAUUUGCCAACACGUACUGUUGUAUUUGCCGAGCUUAGAAAGCAUGAUGGUAGAGGCUUCCGUAACUUGCAUCCCGGUGAAUUCACUCAGAUGGCAGGAAGAGCAGGAAGAAGAGGUUUGGAUACUACAGGUACUGUGAUUGUCAUGUCGUACAAACAACCUCUUCAGCCCACCGAUUUCAAGGAAGUCACAAUGGGUAAGCCAUCCAAGCUUCUGUCACAAUUCAGAUUGACAUACAAUAUGAUCUUGAAUUUGCUCAGAAUCGAAGCCUUACGUGUGGAAGAGAUGAUUAAACAUUCGUUCAGUGAAAACUCCACCCAAACCUUGCUACCAGAACACAAGAGUAGAGUGGAUGCUUUGAGUCUUGAGUUGGAAGGAAUCAAGCUUGAAGAAAACGAAAACUCCAAGGCAUUUUUGGAAGCGUACAAUCUCAUGGAAGAAUACAAAAGAACGUACAGUCUGAUGAUGGCGGAAAUCCAAAAGCUGCCGAAUGCCAGACAGCUUCAUCGUGUCGGAAAACUCAUGGUAUUUGAAGAUGAAGAUGGUGCUGUUCGGUUUGGAAUAAUGCUUAAGGAUGAUGCCGCUAAUGGCAGAUUCGUAUUCUUGACAUUUAAUCAUGGUGAAAAGUAUGAAGAAGCCAGUAAGUCCAUCCGCAUGCCAUAUAUACCAUGCAGAAAGUACCUCAAGAAGAUGAUGCCGCAGAUCGAAUUCAAUGGAGACUUACGAGUGACAACGGUUCCGAUCGAGAAUGUUCAAUUCGUCAGUGUGUUUGGUUCAAACGUCAAGCCCGGAGCGGUCUUGGCAAAUAAGACGGAUGCCGUCAAUGAGGCAAUUGAGCUGUUUAAAACCAUCAUUCACUUCCAAUACAAACCAAAGGAAUCGCCAUACAAGCAAUUCCUUCAGUUGACAUUGCAUGAGCUCAUCAGUAAGAAGGACAACGUCUUAGAACAGAUUGAGCUGAACGAAGUCAUUAAAACUCCGGAAUUCAAGAAUGUUUACGCCCAGUUGCGCAAACAAGAUAUGAUUAAGCAGAACAUCGAUUCCUUAAAUUUGCUUAUAUCUGAUGAGAACUUGGAGCUUCUUCCAGACUACAACCAGAGACUAGAGGUUCUUAAGCAACUUGAUUUCAUUGACCAGAACCAAAACGUUAUGUUGAAGGGUCGUGUUGCAUGUGAAAUCAACUCUGGUUGGGAGUUGGUACUCACCGAAUUGAUUCUUGACAAUUUCUUGGGAGACUUUGAGCCAGAAGAAAUUGUUGCUCUCUUGUCAUGUUUCGUGUACGAAGGAAGAACAAAGGAUGAAGAGGAUCUCCCCAUAACACCAAGAUUAGAAAAGGGUAAGCAAAAGAUUCAACAGAUUACCGAGAAGUUAUUAAAUAUCUACACUGAGCACCAGGUCUCUUUGACUUCCGAAGAAGAGGAGUUUUUGGAGCGGAAACGUUUUGCAUUGGUCAAUGUGGUCUAUGAAUGGGCUAGAGGUCUAGCUUUUAAUGAGAUUAUGCAGAUCAGUGUCGAGCUGGAGGGAACCAUUGUCAGAGUCAUUACACGUUUAGAUGAAAUUUGCAGACAAGUGAAGAAUGCUGCAUUGAUUGUGGGUGACUCGAAAUUGCAUUCAAAAAUGUCCGAGGCACAAGAGCGCAUCAAAAGAGAUAUCGUUUUCUGUGCUUCUUUAUAUAUAUAA